GAGAGGAGAGAGGAACGAGAGAGGAGAGAGACGGACAGACUCAACGCGCAGAGAGGAGAGACGGUGAGAGCGGACAGCUGACAAAAUGUCGAUGACUGAUCUGUUGAAAGCUGAGGAGAUCAAGAAAGCUCUUGAUGCCUUUGCAGCAGAAACAUUUGACCCCAAAAAGUUCUUUGAAAUGGUGGGGAUGAAGGCCAUGUCAGCUGAAAACGUCAAGAAGGUCUUCCAGGUUCUGGACGUGGACGGCAGCGGCUUCAUAGAGGAGGAAGAGCUCAAGUUUGUUCUGAAGGGCUUUUCCCAGGAGGGCAGAGAACUGACUGACAGCGAGACAAAAGCAUUCCUCAAAGCUGCAGACAAAGACGGAGACGGCAAGAUUGGCAUUGACGAGUUUGAAGUCUUGGUGCAUGAGUAGUGGAUAGCAGAACAACCCCCCUCCCCUCUCCCCACUUCUUCUUCCUCCUCCUCUUCGUACCUCCAUUCAUGUUCUGUAACUGCCACCACCCCACGCAUGGAGUCAGACCAGGCCU